UGCUCCGCUUAAUCUAUAAAUACCACCUCCUCAGCCCUCGGGGCAACAUAGAGAAGUGACUAACGAGGAGGAGGCAUUGAAUUUCCCUGAACAACGAAAGUAAUCCGAGACUUGCAGGUGAGAAAUGGCUCGUACAAAGCAGACCGCUCGUAAAUCCACAGGAGGAAAGGCUCCUAGGAAGCAGCUGGCCACUAAAGCAGCCAGGAAAAGCGCGCCAUCUACUGGUGGAGUGAAGAAACCCCACAGAUACAGGCCCGGUACUGUUGCUCUGCGUGAGAUCCGUCGGUACCAGAAGUCCACUGAGCUGCUCAUCAGGAAGCUGCCUUUCCAGCGUCUGGUCAGGGAAAUCGCUCAAGACUUCAAGACGGAUCUUCGUUUCCAGAGUGCAGCCAUUGGUGCUCUCCAGGAAGCCAGCGAGGCCUACUUGGUCGGCCUGUUUGAGGACACCAACCUGUGUGCCAUUCACGCAAAGAGGGUCACCAUCAUGCCCAAGGACAUUCAGCUGGCCAGGCGAAUUAGAGGGGAGAGAGCAUAAAUGCUUUUGGAUUUUUAUCUUUUUAUUGGGUUGGGGGUGGGUGGGGGACUGACUGGGGUUUGUUUUGUAAAUCUUGAACUAUUUACCAGCAUGUGUGCCACCUUAAGUGAUUUGUAGUUUGAGGCAUGUUUUUUGUAUUUCCAUUUCACACACUCUUCCUUCAGCUGUCCUGUUUGCUGUAGAGUAGUGCUUGAUAUCUGUAACUCCUAAAGCAGAAUAUCUCACUUCCUUCCUCAGGUCUGCAAAUGUAUUUUAGGGUCUGUAUCUUUUUAAUCCUGUGUGUGCAUGUCAUAGGAUUUCUCAUUGUGCUGUAAAUAAACUUUCUGCUACCUCA